GCUCUGGGGCACCGCUCGCCGUGCCCGGCUCCGGGAGGGCGACGACUGCUCGGCCGUGCUGCGCUGGGUCGACUCCAUGAUCAUCGGCCUGCGCCUAUGUCCCUACGCCCAACCUGCGAAGGAAGCUGGGCGCCUGCGGGUCGUCUCCAGUGAUGGGAAGACCGGCCUCGCAGUUCUUGAUGACAUCGUAGCCGAGGCCGAGAUUUUAGCUGCCUCCGCGGACGAGGUUUCUGCUACGACCACUCUUCUGGCUUGUCCGGAUGUGCCGGAAUGGCAGGACUUUGCCGCCUUUCAUGAGUUCUACACCUCCGAGCUGCAGAGCGGUCGUGUCUUGUCGAGGAAUCUCGGUCUGGAUGUGUUUCUCGUCGCCUUCCAUCCCGACUGUGUUGCCGAUGGCGAGGCGCUGACCACGGGAGACGAGGUUGCGGUUCAGUGCGGCGAAGACGUGCUGCUGGCGGUUGUGGAGGAGGAGGAUCCCCUCACGCAGACACUCUCGGUCCAGCUCCUCGGACGCAUCCUCGAGUCGUCGAGUGAUUCCGAGGACGGAGCAGAAGAUCUGGCGGUGGAGGCCUUCGACGAGCCUGAGGCGGCGUCGGUUCGAUCAUCGGACGUCUUGUGGUCACUGGCUACCACACCUGGCGACGGCGCGGCCACCCGACGGUCGGCGCUGGGCAAGGCACCGCGUCCUGUUCUUCAUCUUCUGCGGAUGCAGGAUCUGGCCACGGUGGAUGGUGCCAGCCGGGAGGAAGUCUAUCGCCAUAAUGACGCAUGUCUCCAAGAGAUGGGUCUUGAGGCUUUUGAGCAAAAGCUCCGAAGCUGCUCGUGA